UCUGCCCAGAGCUCGCCGAGCCUCGCACAGUGCGCACUGCCGGGGCGGGCGCUGCUGCGCCCUGUGCACGCCGGGUCUCGGCGCUGGGCUCCACACCCCGUCCCGGGGCAGACAUGGGACGUGCCUGCGGGCUGUGAAGGAGACAGUCCCCCGCCGCCCAGGGCCACCGACCGCCGGCGAGCGACCAGCGAACGAGCGAACAGAAAAAUGAAAACCCACCCAGCCAUUGUUUUCCUCCUCCUCUUCGUCAUCAGUUAUGGCUCUUCUGAAAACUCAAGUACGUCCAGAGGGUGUGGACUGGAUCUUCUCCCCCAGUAUAUUUAUCUGUGUGACCUGGAUGCCAUUUGGGGAAUAGUAGUGGAGGCAGUUGCUGGAGCAGGAGUGCUGACGACAUUGCUGUUGAUGCUGAUUUUGCUAGUGAGGUUGCCAUUCAUCAAGGACAAAGAGAAGAAGAGCUCAUUGGGAAUGCAUUUCCUCUUUCUCUUUGGGACACUAGGACUGUUUGGGCUGACUUUUGCAUUCAUCAUACAGGAAGAUGAAACAGUAUGUUCCACUCGAAGGUUUCUGUGGGGCGUUAUCUUUGCGUUGUGCUUCUCCUGUUUGCUAGCUCAAGCCUGGAGAUUACGUAGACUAGUUCGACAUGGUAAAAGUCCAUCUGGCUGGCACCUAGCUGGCAUGGCAAUCUGUCUUAUGCUGGUCCAGGUCAUUAUUGCAACGGAGUGGCUAAUACUGACAGUUGUGAGAGAUAAGAAGCUGGCCUGCAAUUAUGAGCCAGGGGAUUUUGUUAUGGCUUUGAUUUAUAUUAUGUUCUUGAUGAUGGUUACCAUGGGAGUCUCUCUGUUCACCCUGUGUGGAAAGUUUAAGAAGUGGAAGAAAAAUGGAGGAUGCCUCAUUAUAACGAUUUUUUUCUCGAUUCUAAUUUGGGUAGCUUGGAUAACGAUGUAUCUGUUUGGCAAUACUGAACUGAGGAAAAAAGACAAAUGGAAUGACCCCACUCUUGCCAUUGCACUGGUGUCCAGUGGUUGGGUGUUCGUUAUUUUUCACGCUAUCCCAGAAGUUCAUUGCACCAUUCUUCCGUCACAGCAAGAAAACACACCCAAUUAUUUUGAUACUUCGCAACCAAGAAUGCGUGAAACUGCUUUUGAGGAAGAUAUACAACUUCCUCGGAGCUACAUGGAAAACAAAGCCUUUUCAAUGGAUGAACAUAAUGCAGCUUUAAGAACGGCAGGAUUUCGCAAUGGCAGCUUGGGAAGCCGACCUAGUGCUCCCUUUAGAAGCAAUGUUUAUCAGCCAACUGAGAUGGCAGUUGUGCUAAAUGGUGGGACUAUACCAACUGCUCCACCAAGUUACACUGGAAGACACCUCUGGUGAAAGGCUAGAGGUUCUAGAGAUAAGAAUCGUUGUUACAAAUGUUAUUCCUUGGCAGUGUCUUUCUAAGGGAGGAAUCAAUAAUACCACAACAAAGCAGCCAGACAUCCAGGAGCUUUGGAAUCCUUGAGAGGAUUUUAUGUAAAUGUGAAUACUGUUAAACUGAUGAGCUAAAUCACAGAAACAAAAAAACUCUGCAAAAUUCAGGAUGAAUUUAAUUUAAAAUAGAAAUAGGCACACUUUGAAAUGGAAGAGAGGACACUGUGCAUUCUUAAAUGUGAGAUAUAAUCUGUCUGUAACUAGUGUGCGAGGCAAGCCUGAUUUUGGUUGGUUUCCAGCUGUUUGCAAAAAAACAACCUCCUCUCCCGCCCGAACUCUCCCUUACCAAUUUAAUCCAUGCUGCCAUAAGAGAUUGCCACUACAGUGUGAAAGUAUGCAGGGUUUCUUCCUACUUUAUUUUUUUCUCUCUUCAUUUCAAGUGUUGUGAAGUGUCUUGGUUGAUCCAUUAUCCAUCUCUAUGUGAAUGUCAUUUAGGGUCAAGCAUCAUCAGUCUGUGGCAACUAAAUUACCAUUUCUCAACAAUGAGACGUGAUCCACUUAAGGGGGGAAAAAGGUAUCCGAUUCGGUUGUGGUGAAAGGAAAUGACUGUGUAUGCUUCAUGCAACUUUGUCAAGCAACAUUUGUUAAGAGUGAAGGUAGAGACAGAUCACCUCAGCAAUGUAGAAUCAGACACUGCAGUUCAAGAUGCCCUGUUGAUGCAGUCUCACUCCAGCGUACAAACAGAACCACGUGUUCUCAAACCCUUGAGAAUUUUUUUUACAUAUGUACACUUGGGGGCACUAAGUCAAAUUAUGGAGGGACAAGCUUCAGCAAAGGCUCUUAGCUGAGGAGAGAAUGUAGCUUGGGGUUGCCAAAAGGAGUCCCAUAGGAUGAUGGAUUAAAGGAAACCUACUGUAUUACACAGAACUCUGUUUGUGUUCUGAUGGCUGAUCCUGUAAGGUGCCAAGCAAAAACUCAAGGGGAUGGGAAGGUAUCGAUCACCUUCCAGGAGGAGCUUGGUAACUUGCGGGAUUGGACCCUCUCUUCCUACUGUUGGAACUGGUGCCGAAACCCCUGCUCAUGGGAGUAGCCCUAUUGACUGCAAUUGUUUGUGCAUCUUAAUGUAUGUGUGUCUUUUAAUGCAUAGCUAGUAGAGUCUCCACUCUGGAGGUUCAGGGCUUUUUGUCUUUUGGAGUUGGGAUAAGGUAGAUUCUUUACCAAGGCUUAUCUAGGCUAUGUAACAAGUUCUUACUGCCCAUUAUUCUUGCCAUGGUUUUCGUUACUUUAAAGCGAAUCAUUCCUUUAUUAUUUAGCAUUUAAUACAUAUCAAACCUAUGAAAGCAUCAUUGUAUCCUCAUUGUUUGGUCAACAUUACUCCUAGCUUUCCUAGAUACUAAAAGCAAUUGUUUUUACAUGAGGGUGUGGGUUACGUAUAAGGGUGAAAAUUUUGCAUAUGUUGUAAUAAAUAUAUAUAUAUAUUCUAUUUUCAAAUGAAAAAUAAAAUUAUAAUAUACAAAGAAAACUGAAUAGCUCAGUAGCUUCACAGAAGGAUACUAUUUGCUGCAUACUGCAAAAAGAAAAAUAAGCUGUUUAUUUUUUUAAAAGGCUCCCUGUUUCUUCAUGUACCUCAUUUCUACAGUAAACAGACCUAAUCCUGUAGUCUUGUACUCACAUGAGUAGAUCCCAUUGACAUCAAUAGGUCUACUCACAGGUGUAAGGGCUGCAGGAUCAGGCCCUAAGCAUUACACACAAGAUAUAUUUUGCCAUUCUUGCCAUGAUCACCUUAUAGGGUUUUAUUUCUAACAGCCCUUCUGGUUCAGGAACCAUACUUUUCUGUCAUGCAUGAUUAAAGGAACAUGUUAGAUCCAUGUCUAAUGUUCCCAAUAGAGGCAAAGUGGAAGCAUGUGCUUGCUUUUAAGAGAAAAAAAAAAUGGUUUUAGUCUCUUGUUUAGGUAACUAGAUUGUCUAAGAAACUGAGUAGACUAGAGGUGGAUAUUGCAUGCUAUCCAGUAAUCUAGAAGUACCUCUAGCUGUUAAAGUUGUGAUCAGAUAACCAUUAAUUAUCAAAAAUAUCAUUUUAUUAUCCCAGAAACUGCAUAAUUUGGAGUAAUAUAAAACCUAGUGGUGAUGUGUGUCUGCAAAAGUUUCAUUGUAAACCGUCAAUUUAAAAAACGUUAAAUUCUCUGAAAAGGUCUUUAUUGUAAAAAUGUAUAAGAUGACCAUGGCAUAAAUGGGAGGGCAGCUUUCUUUUAAAAUAUUUAUCAUGCUACAGCUGAGAAGUAUACAUUCAGUACUAUACGCAUUUUAUAGAUCUUGGAUAAAUUCUUUCCAGGAUAGUUAUUUUGUAAACAUUUACAUGGUGUUCAGUUUUCUAGAUGGGAAUGGAUUAACAAAGUAAGGGCCUAGUCCUGCUCCAAAGGAAGUCAGUAGGAGUUUUGAGGCCCUAAGCGCAGACCAGGCCAGAACCUGCAAACCUUUGCUCACAUAAUUAGUCUAGGGUUGACAACCCUCCAGGAUUGGCCUGGAGUCUCCCGGAAUUGGCAUCAAUCUCCAGGUGAUUAUUGAAAGCAAUCCAGGAGAUUUUAACAAAAUGACAUCACAUCAUGGGGGUGGGGGGGAGGGGGGAAAGAGGGAAAUCUCCCGGAAUAGCUUCAGAGUUGGCAACCCUAAAUUAGGCUUUGUCUAUACUACCAAGUUUUGUUGACAAAACUUAUGUCGACACUCAAAAGUCGACAAAACAGAAGUCGACAAAGGAUGUUCACACUUGCUCCGUCGACAGAUCAUGUCCACAUUGUGGGCACCAUCAUCAACAGUGCGAGCAAUGCACAGUGUUGUGGAAAGGUGGAACUGAUUGCUGCACAUCAUGGGAAGAUUCCCUCUGAGUUCUCCCUCAGCGGCUGGGAGCGGCAUCAUGAGUAGCUCUGUGAGCUCUCCAUGCCGAAGAAUGUCAAAGCAGUGCAGCAGUCUGCCUGCCCCAGUGUUCCUAGUGCCGGGCAGAACAGGCGUAUUCCAAUGAUUUGCUCUUCGUUCCCCACAGGGAGCAGCACACUUCCCGCAACUUGGAAAGGGAAGGGGCGCAUACUUGGAAAGGGAAGGGCAGCAGAGUUCAAAACACUGAGCAGAGCGAUCAGGGCAGGCAUUGUGGGAUACUGGCGGAAGCCAGUUCUGCUGACAAAACAAACAGCAGUUUCUACACUGACUCUUUGUUUUUUCUUUUCCCCUUCCUUUAUUGUCAAUCUCUUGUAGGGGUGGAAGGUUUUUGUCACCGAAACCGGGCGUUUUUCCUGAAAAAAAGUCGCAUUGCAGUGUAUACAUCUCUCUGUUUUGUUGCCAAAAGGCAGUUUUUGGUGACAAAACUUGGUAGUGUAGACAAAGCCUCAGUUCCAUUGAGUGGUCAUGUGAGUU